AUGGUUCUCCAAAACCAAGUCUCCAUGGCAAUAAAACUCCUAACCAGCCUGGGUUGGUGUGUCAACCUGGAAAAAUCCGUAAUCACUCCAACAAAAUCCAUCGAGUUCUUGGGAAUAGAGUGGAACACUCGCCACAACCACAAGUGUUUACCUCCCAACAAAGUAAACAAAAUCCGACGGAGUCUCAGCACACGUCUGGCUGCCGGCAGUGGGACCCUCAAGCAGGCACAACGCCUCUUAGGGUUUCUCAACUUUGCAACCUUCAUUACCCACCGGGGGAGGUUACAUUGCCGCGAUCUGCAACGGCACAGCAACAGAUUACGCAAGAACCCUCACAAGCUUGUCCUUUACCCAGUCGAAGUACAAGUCGAACUAGAAUGGUGGUUAAAAAACAUAGAUCAAAAGACCUCCAUACAUCCGAAACCACUACCAACAAAUUACAUGAGCAUCACGGUCGCCUCGGACAUAAAAUGGGGAGCAGUGAUCAACAACAACCCGGUACAAAGAGUGUGGUCUCAGAACCAGAGGUCUUGGCACUGCAAUCUAAAAGAAAUGUAUGCAGUAAUAGCAGCCCUCACAUCGGAAGCGACAGUACUCAAGAAUUCGAAACUGAUUCUCCAAAGCGACAGCAAUACCGUGGUCUCAUACAUCAAAAACGAGGGCGGAACGAGAUCAAAACCAUUACUGCGACUAACGAAACAACUGCUGACUCUGGCGGACAGCCUCGGUGUUGUAAUAAUCCCUCACCACCUCCCAGGGAUGUACAAAACCGAAGCCGACCACCUCUCACGCAAUCGCGCCGGCUCAGAAUGGCAUCUAAAAAGCGAGGCAACGACGUUAAUAUUCAGCAAAUGGGGAACCCCAAACGUCGACUUAUUCGGGUCAAAGACGGCACACGUCGUCCCAAAUUACGUUACGCUCGACUUGUUAGACUCGAACGCCUACUAUCACGACGCGUUCAGCAAAUGUUGGCGUUACAAUAUCGCAUGUAUAUUUCCUCCGCCAGGACUGCUCCCACAAGUCUUACAACACCUCAACUCAGCGACGGGACAGUUCAUUGUGGUAGCUCGCAAAUGGAAGAAACCCUUCUGGCGAGCAGACAUGAAGAACCGAGCACUCUCUCGCCCAAUAAAAAUACCGAAUCUACAAACCAACCUAGUGGACACGGUGACAGGCCUUCCUCCAGCUCAAGCCCAGCACCUACAGUUGGAAGCCUGGUUCGUAUCGGGUGGGACUCCUUGA